AUGCCACGACUACCAGUACACACAACUCGGCAUCAAGGCUUCCGCGAGUGGCUAGCCGGCGGCCUUAUGCUUGAAGUUCACCAGACACUGCGGAAAGCCUCGGUUCGCUACUACGAUGUCGAAGUAGUCAUCCGAAAACCGUUCAAGACACCCGGUCCGGACAGCGAGUACAACAAGACUAUAAUCGUCUUGGCCGACAUUUCGGUGGAAGAUGCCCACGCCAACUGGGCUAUCGCAGCACAAAAGAUCCUGGAGCGGCUGACAGGCCGGGGGCGCGAUGACAUAAACGUCGAGAUCGUGGACGUCGAAGCCGCCUGGGAGUUCAAUAACGCCGUCAUCCAAGACGACGAAACAGUGCAAGCGUGGCAUAACGUCCAUGUACAGAUAAUCCAAGAGCUUGGCGAGAUGCAAUGGAACAGCAUUGAUAUUUCGAAGAGGUCUCCGGGCCAAGUCAAGCAAAUGACUUCGUCAACUAUGUACAUCACAGGGUCUGAUACGAACGACCCCAAGUGGUGGGACGAGAUAUCGCCACGCCUUCGAAAUCGAGCUCAUACACGGCGAGCCAGUCAUUGGUCACAACACGACACCAUUCGAUGA